CAUAAGCCGGCUCAUAUAGUAUAAACAUUGUAGAGCGAAGCACUAAUGGAACGUCGUCCAGUUAAGCCGUGGCGGAAAAAUCUUUACGAGAACUCCGAGUAUGAAGACAAUUAUACCGAUCCCAGUUUUCUGCAGGAAUUGAAAACCAAUCGUAAUUUACAAACGUAUACAUUCCUUGAAGCAUUCCUAGGUUCUACGCAUGUGAGUCAACAAAUCUCCGUCGUGACUACGUUCCUAGUCAUCUUUCACUACCUUUACACAAACGCAGCAAGCCCACAAAAUAUUUUGCUCAAGGCCAUCCUUGGAACCAUCGUGGGAUACAUCGUUUACAGCUGGAGGAAUUUUCGUCCAGGUCAAACAAUCGAAGACUCGAAAACAGCCGUCGCUGUACUGGUGUUUGGAUAUAUAUUUUCCCCGCUGCUGUACACGCUGACGGAUAGCAUAAGUACCGAUACGAUAUUCUCGACAACAUUUUUCGCCCUUUUGUUGCAUCUGAUUUUCUUCGACUAUGGAGUGCCAGCUGCCAUCGUUUCCAGAGCCAUCUCACUCAAUGCCGCCAUCUUCGGAGCGAUCUGUUUAGCAUCUCGACUAUCUUCAUCGUUUCAUGCCUUCGUACUGUUGGAAGUGGCUGCAGCUUACUUUGCCCUGGGACCGAUCCUUCUGGCGAAAAUAUUCAACAUUCCCCUGGUGAUGCUGAUGGUGGCUGUGUGUUGCUACUUCCUGCUCAACAUUUCACUGACCAUUUUUUGGACAUACAUAUGCCUGCUUGUGUUCGUAAACUUAUUCUGUCCGCUCCUGUUUGUGACGCUACAGCGGCACAAGCAUAACAUCCAUGGCCCAUGGGAUGAAGCAGUGGUGGUUGACUGUGCUCAGGACGAUGACAACGGUGAAAAGCAGGAAGUCUCAUGAAGAGCUCGUUUAUAAUGAAGAAUUAAUGGAAUUCGGAAAUUGUAGCAUAAUGUGAGUUACGAUCUCAACAAAAAUUUAAAUGGCUUUGCGGAAACACAUUUUGACAGAGACUGGAGGCCCGCAAAACAGCAUAAUUUACAGUCUUAUCUAAUAUAUCAGAUAGAUACUUAAUUUAUUUCUAUAUUGAAUUUAAAUUUAAAUAAAAAUUUGAUAUCUCUUCCCAUA